AUGCGGACUCUGCCUUCUCUGGGCCUCCCCGGGGAACGCAGUGACCCCACAGCAACAGAAACGAACCCCGGCAGCGGGCCCUGCGGCAGAGCCGAGCCGUGUGCCUCCGCGACCUGCCCGGAUGGGAGCCGGCUCGGGAGCGCCCGGAUCCUUUCGAUUGUACCGCCGCCGCUCGACUUUGCGCCUCCAGACGUGCCUUUCCCGACCCCUAAGAUGAAGAGGGCGAUAGCUGAAGGAAGCAAACUGCUGAUUUUGGUGCUUUGCUUGAACAUCCAGUCAGAAGUGGAGUCUUGCCCUGGAGCGUGUGUGUGCUACAGUGAACCGAAGAUCACAAUAAGUUGUCAGCAGCAAGGACUGACAGCAAUCCCCACGGAGAUACCCAUCCAGAGCCAGCGCAUCUUCUUGCACAACAACAAGAUAACCCUUGUGAGGUCCACCAGCUUCACGUCGUGUCGCAACAUGACAAUUCUUUGGAUCCACUCCAACAACAUCAGCCUCAUCGAGCCUGGAGCCUUCUACGGACUCAACAAACUGGAGGAGUUGGAUCUCAGUGACAACACGAACCUGAAGUCUAUCAAUCCCGUCACUUUCCGUGGUCUUGUUCACCUCCACACCUUACAUCUGGAUCGUUGUGGGCUCAUGGAGCUCUCCACGGGGCUUUUUCGAGGGUUGUUUUCCUUGCAGUAUCUCUACCUUCAGGAUAAUAACCUGCAGAACCUGCUGGAUGACACCUUCAUAGAUCUGGCGAACCUCACCUACCUGUUUUUGCAUGGUAACAAAAUCAAGAGCUUAUCAGAGAACGUCUUUCGUGGGUUAAUCAACCUCGACCGGUUGCUUCUGCACCAGAACAGAGUCAGCCUGGUCCACCGCCGGUCUUUUCACGACCUUGGGAAAGUGAUGACCUUGUAUCUGUUUAACAACAACCUGACCGUGCUCACAGGGGAAACCAUGGCACCCCUGGUGUCCCUCCAGUAUCUGCGCUUAAAUGGCAACCAAUGGAUCUGUGACUGCCAGGCUCGGUCUCUCUGGAAUUGGUUUAAGCAGUUUAAAGGGUCAUCUUCAGAGCUGGAGUGCCACCUUCCACCACGCUUGGCAGGGAGAGACCUCAAAAGGCUGCAGAGCUCUGACUUGGAAGGAUGCAUCGACUCUUUCAACCAGAUUCGAACGAGCGUUUUUAGCACUAAGACCAGAUCUGGUAAACUGGCCACCGGGAGUCCACCUCUCAGCUCCCAUGAUGGCUCCAUGAAGUGCUGCCAGUCAGAAAUGGAUAAAUCUUUUAUAUACGAAGCUAAAGGCAAGGCAGGUCCUUCUUCCCACAGCAGCCGGCCGUCCUCCAACAACCCUCUCAAGGAUAAGGAGAACAUGUCCAAAACCAAGUACGUUGAGACGGACCCUUCCAAAAACGGCAGCAACAAGCAGAUAAACGAUUCCCCUUUUGGGACCUUCCCCAGCAUUGUAGACCCUCCAUUGACCAAGUUGAGACCAGAGUUUCUAGAGCCUAUUGAACCUUCCACAGUCCCAACCAAAAAGAGGCAGGGCUGCUCUAAAAAGAACAAAUCAAAGGCCCAGUGCCGCCUCACCCAGCAAGGAAACAGCUCCACGUUACAGCUCAGCCUAAGCCUUUUGAUCCCCCCUUUGGUGUGGAGCUUACUGUUACUCUGCUAA